UUUACAUUCCGACGUCAUCGCGACCCGAAUGAUCAGGUGCCAACCGCGAUCAAAACCAACUUGAACUUGUCUAUCAAACUUUCCAAUAUGAGUUGCGCGCUUUAGGGAGUGAGAUAUAUACUUCAGUCAAUGUUGCCUGUUAUGGCAUGAGCAUGGAUUGGUCGUAGCCUGCUUGUUUCAGGAAUGCCAACAGUGCUUGAUUCCCUCAGAAAUGAUUUCCUUGAGAGGUGCUCCGCGCUGCCUCACGAGACCGGCGCACCCUCUGACAGCGCAAUGUCGAAAACAAUACUUUUACUCUGCUAAUGGAGUCCGACCAAGAUUUAUAAGGCCGGCUGUGCCUGCAGGGAGAAGAAAAGAGUCCUCAGAAGUUGGCGACAACGAGAGCGGACACAUCGAGACCAGACCGAAUGAAGGAAUAUUGUUUUUCGAUAAUGUGUUCCCAUUGAGGCUGCAAUGGCUCAAUCUUAUCCCUUUCCUCAACCCCGACAAGGUCCUCGCAGAAUCCCUUAAGAAGGUCAACCAUCCAGAUCUUGCUCUGGCCGAUCCCUCCAGCAUCAUCAAACGAGCCUUACCCGAAAAGCUACCUCUGACCGUCACAAAGAUCCUACCUAGACUGCGUGAAGGAGGUGCAUUCGUGAAGUUCACCCACGAGCAGGGGAUUAGUGCAACCGAAUUAGAGAGUACACUCAAGGCAUACCUGGAAGAGAAACCUAUCAAACCAUGGUUCAACCCCUUUCGACGUGUUCGAGCAUUCUUGGUUCAGGGGAAACCGUGGAUUGAAGAUCUAUACCGUAUCCCCAGUUCGAGGGUGAAGGUGGAAUUUCUUCCUACUUCGCCAGAAUCAUCUGCUGCCGAGUUGACACAAGAGACGCUCUACUCGUUGUUUCGCAGAUAUGGCAAACUCUCUGAGAUCAUCACGCAACCCUUUGAUUCAAAGGUCCUCCCAAGAUACGCCUACAUUGACUACAGGAAUAUCAGAUUUGCUACCAUGGCCAAAAAUGUCAUGCAUGGCUAUGCCGUUCCUCCAGAGGAAGGUGGUGGCAAAGCCGGAACUCUUCUCAAGCUCAGCUAUGAACCAAGGGUCAAAACGAACUGGAUAUGGAGUUGGAUUACGAAUCAUCCCAGGAUCGUCCUUCCUUUGCUCGUUGCAUUGUUGGGCGCAGCAUCUGUGGCUGUAUUCGACCCUAUCAGAACAUUCUUCAUCAAGAUGCACAUAACACACGGUCUGCGUUUGGAAGAUUCAUGGCUCUACAGAUGGGCGAAAAGGUGGCUUAGUCGAGGGUACGAUUACCUGAAACUCAGAAAACAGGAUGCAGCAGCGGAAAAUCUGAGGAUCAUUUGGGAGGAUCGUCAGGGUGCAAUCACCCAAUUGCAGACGUGGCUCAUUGAGACGGCAGACACUUUCAUCGUCGUACAAGGACCUCGAGGAGCUGGCAAGAAGGAGCUUGUCAUGGACCAGGCGUUGAAAGAUCGACCCAACAUACUCGUCAUUGACUGCAAGAGAAUCCAGGAAGCACGUGGAGACAGUGGGACUAUUGCUGCGGCGGCGGCUGAAGUCGGGUACAAACCAGUGUUUUCAUGGAUGAACAACAUGAGUAGCAUGAUCGAUCUCGCUGCCAUGGGAACUAUUGGUACCAAGACUGGGUUUUCCGAGACUCUGGACUCGCAAUUGGCCAAGAUUUGGAACAAUACCACCACUGCACUGAAGGAGAUUGCUUUGUCUCAUCGUACAAAGGAUGAAAAAGAUGCCCAAAUCGCAGACGACGAGUGGCUGGAAGCUCAUCCAGAGUAUCGACCAGUGGUUGUGAUAGAUAAUUUCUUACACAAGAACAACGAAGGGUCGACAAGUCUGGUCUACGACAAAUUGGGAGAGUGGGCAGCUGCUUUGACAACACAGAACGUCGCCCACGUCGUCUUUCUGACCACGGAUGUCUCUUUUUCCAAGUCACUCAGCAAAGCUCUACCAGAUAGAGUGUUCCGUCAAAUCACUCUGAGCGAUUGCACGCCGGAUGUAGCCAAGAAACUGGUGCUCCAGCACCUCAAAGCUGAACCCAGCGAGCCAGCGGAGGGCCCAGAAAAAGUCAGCCCUGUGCAGAUGCAGACCAACAUCGACGAGCUCGACAGCGUGAUCCAGGUUCUAGGAGGUCGCUUGACAGAUCUGGAAUUCCUCGCCAGAAGAAUCAAGACAGGAGAGUCACCGACUAGAGCCGUGCAGCAGAUUAUUGAGCAAUCUGCCUCCGAGAUUUUGAAGAUGUAUCUUCUCGAAGUCGAUCCUGCCAAUCGCAAGUGGACACCCCAGCAAGCAUGGCUACUGAUCAAACAACUGGCUGCAAAUGAAGUUCUUCGAUAUAACGAAGUGUUGCUCGAUUCGUUGUUCUCCAAUGGCGAACAGGUCCUGCAAACGCUUGAGCAAGCCGAAUUGAUCACCAUCACUUCGAGCAAUGGGCGACCCAACGGCAUCAAGCCCGGCAAGCCGGUCUAUUCUGCCGCUUUUGCACUACUCACUGAAGACGAGGUUCUCAAAGCGCGCAUGGAUCUGGCGAUCAUGACACAACUCAUAAGCAUCGAGAACAAGAACGUCGAGAAAUAUGAAAAUGAACUAAGCACGCUGGCUGAGUUACCUGGCACACCGAGCGAGUUGAAGCCCAGAAUACAAUGGUGCAUGGAGAAGGUCAUGGGCAGUCAAGUCAAGAUUCAGAAAUACGAGGCAGAAAGCGCAAAGUUGAAGAAGGUGCUUACAACGCAGUUCUGAUCAAGGAGUCAGAGACUGUAUCUCGUGAAUGAUACCAAGAGGAGGACAAUUCUACUCAGUUUUCGAUUACAUGUACCCCGACAGCACGAGGUACUACUCACAUACAAACCUAUCUCAGACCAGGCAAAUAUGAACGAAGAAUGAAGAUGUAACACAAGGGAAGAUUGUUCUCGUA